UCCUUACAAAGGUCCAUUUGUCAACCUUCUUCUCUUCUUAAAAUAUGGGUUUGAGUAAUUUCAUCGUCGUCUUUGUAUUAUUAUUAGUACUAGCAGUUUUCUCAAUUGCUUUUGUUAAUGGAGAAGGAGGAGUUUUCAAAGUGAAGCAUAAAUUUGGAGGUAAGGCGUAUAGGUCGCUUAAGGAUUUGGCGCUUCAUGAUAAGAAACGUCAUGGAAGAUCUCUUGCGGCUAUUGAUGUUCCUUUAGGCGGCGACGGAAAAGCUACCGGAACCGGGCUUUACUACACAAAACUUUCUAUUGGAUCUCCUUCAAAAGAUUAUUAUCUCCACGUAGAUACUGGUAGUGAUAUUUUAUGGGUUAACUGCGCCCAGUGCAGCCCUUGUGCUAAAGAAACUGACAUCGACGACUUGACUCUGAAGUUAUAUGAUCCAAGAAGUUCUUCAACGGCGGAAUUAGUUCCAUGUAGUGGUGGAUAUUGCACUGAAUUUAACAAAGGUCCCAUUUCUAGUUGUGUAUCUAAUGGUGUUUGUGCAUAUGGUCUUCAAUAUGGAGACGGAAGUGGAAGUGUUGGAUACUUUGUUCAAGAUGUUAUUGGGUUCGAUCAAGUUUCUGGAAAUCUUCAAACAACUACCGGGAAUUCAAGUAUUACAUUUGGGUGUGGGAUUGAACAAACAGGAAAUCUUGCCUCAUCUACUGGAGCCCUCGAUGGCCUAAUUGGUUUUGGUGCUUCAAGUACAUCCAUGCUUUCACAAUUAGCUUCUUCUGGAAAAGUGAAGAAGAAAUUUGCUCACUGCUUAGAUGGUAAAAGUGGAGGAGGAAUCUUUGCGAUUGGAGACGUAGUGCAACCAAAACUAAAAACAACUCCACUGGUUCCAAAUGCGUCGCAUUACAAUGUGAAUAUGGAAUCAGUUAAAGUUGGUAAGACUGUACUAAAUAUUCCAAAACAAGUAUACGAAGCCGGAGCUGGGAAAGGAGCAAUUAUUGAUAGUGGUACAACUUUGACAUAUCUUCCGGGAGCAAUUUUUGAUCCUUUAAGACAAAUGAUUUUAACAAGCCAGGCCAACUUGAGUAUACACCUUGUUGAUAAUCUCCUUGACUGUUUCAAAUUCGAUAAAAGCAUCGAUGACUCGUUUCCUACUGUAACUUUUGGUUUUGAAAAUUCACUCGAAUUGAACGUUUACCCUCAUGACUAUUUGGUCCCAUAUAACGAUGAAUGGUGUUUCGGUUGGCAGGAUAGUGAAAAACUACAAUCUGAUGCAGUGAAGGAUCUGAUCAUCUUAGGAGAUCUGGUGCUAACGAAUAAGUUGGUGUUGUAUGAUCUCGAAAACCAAGUUCUUGGAUUGUCAGACUACAACUGCUCAUCAACCAUUGGAAUGAAAGAUGAAACAACUGGGGCAGUGAAUCAAGUAGGUUCUCAGAAUCUGUCAUCUUCGCCUGCUCGUUACCAUAUGGAUUUUGGAAUGGUUAUGAAGCUAUUUUUACUAUCUUUAAUCAUGUUCUAUCAUUGUACAUAGUGAAUGUUUUUGCAAAUGAUAUGUCUAUUCUUCUUGUUUUUAAGAUUGUUAAUAAGAAUUCAUAAAUGCGGUGGGUUUCGUGCACAGUCAUAUAGACACACUAUCCCACAAAAUUUGUACAUUCUUCAUAAAUUAAAUUUAUACAAAAGCAGGAUGGAGCCAGCUGCAGUCAUGGU